CCAGGGGGCGGAGCCGGUCGCAGCGCGCGGGAAACGGCAGCAUGGCGCUCCCCGCGGCCGGGCUGGAGGAUGCGGAGCUGCGGGAGGCGCAGCGGGACUACCUGGAUUUCCUGGAUGAUGAGGAGGAUCAGGGUGUUUAUCAAGGCAAAGUCCGGGACAUGAUCAGCGACAACCAGUAUCGGCUGAUCGUCAGUGUCAACGACCUGCGGAGGAAGAAUGAGAAGCGGGCCAGCCGGCUCCUGAAUAACGCCUUUGAGGAGCUGCUCGCCUUCCAGCGGGCCCUGAAGGACUUUGUCGCCUCCAUCGAUGCCACCUAUGCCAAGCAGUACGAGGAGUUCUACAUUGGGCUCGAGGGCAGUUUUGGUGCCAAGCACGUGUCACCCCGGACGUUGACAUCCUGUUUCCUCAGCUGCAUUGUCUGUGUGGAGGGCAUUGUCACCAAAUGCUCCCUGGUGCGCCCCAAGGUUGUCCGCAGUGUCCAUUACUGCCCCGCCACCAAGAAGACCAUCGAGCGGCGGUACACGGACAUGACGUCGCUGGAGGCUUUCCCUUCCAGCUCCGUCUACCCCGUGAAGGAUGAAGAAAACAACCCUUUGGAGACAGAGUUUGGCCUGUCUGUCUACAAGGACCAUCAAACCAUCACCAUCCAGGAGAUGCCUGAGAAGGCGCCGGCUGGGCAGCUGCCUCGCUCUGUGGACAUCGUUCUGGAUGAUGACCUCGUGGACAAGGUGAAGCCAGGGGACCGGAUCCAAGUUGUGGGGACGUACCGCUGCCUGCCAGGGAAGAAAGGGGGCUACACCUCGGGCACGUUCAGGACCAUCCUGAUUGCCUGCCAUGUAAAGCAGAUGAGCAAGGAAGUUCGGCCUCUCUACUCUGCUACCGACGUGGCCAAGAUCAAGAGAUUUAGCAAGAGUCGCUCAAAGGACAUCUUUGACCAGCUCUCAAAGUCUCUGGCACCCAGUAUCCACGGGCAUGAGUACAUCAAGAAGGCGAUUCUGUGCAUGCUGCUUGGCGGGGUGGAGAAAGUGCUGGAUAACGGGACUCGCAUCAGAGGAGACAUUAAUGUCCUCCUGAUAGGAGACCCGUCAGUCGCUAAAUCUCAGCUCCUGCGGUACGUGCUCUCCACAGCUCCCCGGGCCAUCGCCACGACUGGCAGGGGCUCCUCCGGGGUGGGUCUGACUGCAGCCGUCACCACAGACCAGGAGACUGGGGAGCGCCGCCUGGAAGCAGGUGCCAUGGUCCUGGCUGACCGGGGCGUGGUUUGCAUCGAUGAGUUUGACAAGAUGUCCGACAUCGACCGCACGGCCAUCCACGAAGUGAUGGAGCAGGGCCGCGUGACCAUCGCCAAAGCCGGCAUCCACGCCCGGCUCAACGCGCGCUGCAGUGUGCUGGCCGCGGCCAACCCCGUGUACGGCAGGUACGAUCAGUACAAGACCCCCAUGGAGAACAUCGGCCUUCAGGACUCCUUGCUGUCUCGAUUUGACCUGCUCUUCAUUGUCCUGGAUCAGAUGGAUCCAGAGCAGGAUCGGGAGAUCUCGGACCACGUCCUGCGCAUGCAUCGGUACCGGGGCCCCAAUGAGCAGGAUGGGGAUGCCAUGCCCCUGGGCAGCGCCGUGGAGAUCCUGGCCACAGAAGACCCCGAUUUCGUUCAGGAGGAGGAGCAGGAGCUGCAGGUGUAUGAAAAACAUGACAACCUUCUGCACGGGCCCAACCGGCGCAAAGAGAAGAUCGUCAGCAUGGAGUUCAUGCGGAAGUACAUCCAUGUGGCCAAGAUCAUCAAGCCCGUUCUGACUGAAGAGUCAGCCAGCUACAUCGCAGAGGAGUACUCCCGCCUCCGCAGCCAGGACCAGAUCAACUCCGAUGUGGCCAGGACCUCUCCGGUCACGGCCCGGACGCUGGAGACGCUCAUCCGGCUCUCCACAGCCCACGCCAAGGCCCGCAUGAGCAAGACCAUUGAUCUGCAGGACGCCGAAGCAGCUGUGGAGCUGGUGCAGUUUGCCUACUUCAAGAAGGUGCUAGAGAAGGAGAAGAAGCGCAAGAAGCAGCAGGAUGAUGACACGGAGAGAGAUGAGGAGGAGGAGGUGGAGGCAGCGGAGAGAAAGAAAAAGAGGAGGAGGAAGUCGGCCUCUCAGGACCAGGAUGGCAAGGAAGGAGAUUCUUAUGACCCCUAUGACUUCAGCGAGGCAGAAGAGGAGAUGCCAGAAGUCCAGGCACAUACUCCUAAGACUCCAGAAGCUGCGGAGACUGGAGGGGCUACAAAGCCUGAGCUGACUGAGUCAAGGCUGAAGGCAUUCAAGGCAGCCCUCCUGGAAGUGUUCAAAGCUUCUCACGCGCAGUCAGUAGGUCUGAAGGCCCUGAUGAAGUCCAUCAACCAGGACAAUCCUGAACCGUUUUCAUCCACUGAAGUCAAGGUGGCACUGGGACGCAUGCAAGAUGACAACCAGAUCAUGUUGUCGGAUGACAUUGUCUUCUUGAUCUGAUCUUCUGGAUAGGAGAAUCCAAGUUCUCAUGAACAUCUGACUUCUGUAAUAAUCCUCAGACUCAUUUUGAACUUUUCUGCCACUUUCUUUAGCCCAAGCUCCAGCUGGAGAAUACCAGCAGUUGUUCUGUACCUUCUAGUGGAGCCUGGGAAGGAUUAUAUAGUUGACUUCAAACGGCCUGGGCUAACAAAGCCUCUUUUGGUGGCAUUGAUUCCAAAAGAAUUAGACUAUUGUUUUUAUUUUUGUAAGCAGCUAAAAGCCUUUAUGUGCGCAUCCCUAGUCUUCUAAAUGAGUGUUUAGUGCACUUGAAAGCUUCAGCUGCUCCUCAGCAAAGUUGAUUUGGGUCCCGCACCUUAGCUUUUGGGGAUACAAGUUGUUGCCAUUGUAGCCUAACACCCUUACAGAGUAGAAAUGUCUUGUUUAGGUAAAAUCUUUCAACUCUGCUGCUAUUAUUUGGAGUGUAUCCAUGUCUGAAGUCUGGAUCUUUCUUUCAAAAUAGCAGUGAAUAAAUUCACCAGUGGGUGGUGAUGGUUUUUAACUUUAAGUAAAGCAUAGAUUUAUCAGUUAGAUUAUUGAAGUGCCAGAAAGGAUGCUGUCAGAGUGACUGGGGGUCCCAUGAUCUCUGACUCUUAACUGAAGUGGCUUAGUUUCCAAGUUUAGAUUAUUGGUCCUUUCUUCUGACUCCCUGUGCUACAAAGUCAGCAUCAGCUGUUCCAGCAAUUAGAUUUCGGCUGCCAAUUUUGUGGUGGUGCCUAAAGCCUAAAUAGAGGCUGGUGUGAUUUGGCAGGCAGGAUUCAAAUAUCCUCUUGCUAUGCAGCAUUUGACUCUGCAGCAACUCAAAUAGACCCAUGACAAGUGAGUCUUGCAGUCCAGGCUGGAAGUUGAAAGCCAAGUGGAAAGGCAGGGACCUGAAAAGGUCAGGAGCUGCCGAGCUGAUGAUGGGCUUCAAAACCGGGGUUCUGCACAUCUGGAAAUGUUAAGGCUGCAGAAAUACUAAAAUUCCAUAAAUUUUUGUUCCAUGCCUUUUUGUCCCGAAUCUCCUGUGUGUGCUACGGUAGGCUCUGCCUGUACGAGAAGUAGAACAAAACUUGUGCCCAAUUGAAAGCCUUUACUAAUACUAGAGAUUGAAGGUAACCCUUUCAAACAAAUGGGGGGGAAGCAUCCCACUCCCAUUGGAGGCUAGCUGGAUUUAGUCUCCUAAAUCACUUGACUUGUGGAGAAACUUGACCCAGAAGACUUGCAAGCCCUGCCAACAGUUGGUGCAAACUCCUCUGCAAGCAUUUUUAAAGCAUGCAUGUCUGAGCAACGACUUGUAAGACUCUCUGUGCUGGGGUUUCUGGGAAACUGCAUCAGCUGCCCAUAAGAGGAUUGUCUGUGCUUUCAAAACUCUGCAAAUGUACCUGGCCAGUACUCUGUUUUUAAAUGGAGCAAAUUACUCAUGGUAUGGGAGCUGCCUAUGGGCAGAGAGGCUGCCCUUCGUGAAGGGCUCUGAAGGUGCCUGUUGCAUGUGGUCCUUGGGUUUCACUGUGUGUGUUUUUUGCUUUGUGGUGAUCUCUUCCAUCCCAUGUUCUGUCCCAGCAAUGCCAUAAACACCUACUCAACUAAAUAAAGUUUGUCAACAUCA